CUUCCUGGUCUGUGUCACUGGACGAUUGCGGGAAAAACCCAAAAAUCAUUUUGUCAACUUUUACGCAUCGCGUAUGUGUUUCAGUAAAUUUUUAACAUAUAUCUACACGUUGUCAUUAGUUUUUACCCUUACAGAACAGUUCAGCGGACACUCCCAGAUUGUCACGAUGGGAGGAGCAUUUUCAUGGAUACAGAAGAAAAUUAUGACAGAGGAGGAGCCAGUGUAUGAAUUUGCAAAUAAUUUGGAAGACUUUGGAUACUUCUUCAAUGAGGAGGGUAAGCUGCGGAAGAAAGGUACAGAUGAACCGUUUGAGUUUAAUGUUCAGGAAGGGAACCACCAUUAUAAUCAGAAACAUUACAAUGCACUAGGUGAUAUUAUUACAGAGAAGAUUUACCAGAUGAUGGAGAAGGAUUACAAACUACAGAGAUCGUACCUACCGGUAAAUGCAGAGGAGGGUGAACCUCAGUCUUUCGUGUUUAUUAGUGGUGAUCUAUACACAAACUCAGACAAAUUGAUGAUUCUGGUACAUGGCAAUGGUGUAGUGAGGGCAGGACAGUGGGCACGCAGGCUGAUAAUAAAUGACUGUUUGGACAGUGGUACCCAGCUACCCUACAUAAAGUGGGCACGAGAAAAUGGAUACGCUGUUAUCGUUGCUAAUACAAACAUAAACACUGGUGAACUUCCAAACAAUAAAAAGAAGAAACCAGUCCCAAUAAAGGGUAACGCUACUCCAGAGGAACACAUGGAGUCAUUGUGGAGAGAAUUCGUCCAGAGGUGUUCAGUUAAACAUAUUGCUAUUGUUGCACACAGUUAUGGUGGUGUUUGUACACUGGAACUGGCCAAGAAACACCUACGAGAGUUUGAAGAACGUGUGUUUGCUAUAGCUCUUACAGAUUCUGUUCAUGGUCUGAGAGGGCAAGAGGCAGAGCCAGAGGUUGUUAGUUACUACAAACAGCAUGUAGUAAACUGGGCCUCAGCAUACGACCCACUGGAUGCCCCGCUUAUAACGACAACAGAUGAGGUACCAACUGUUUCAGCAGGUACAGACAAGCAUGAGAACACAAGCUAUUCAAGUAUGCAUUCCAUUUUCAAAUUCUUCAAAGAGAAGUAUGAAGAAACUGUUAAUCCAUCAAAUAAAUGUAAAAAUGAAGGGGACUCCAACGAUCAAAUAUUACCGGCUUCAGAUACACCAGCAAGAGAUCAAGGGGAAGGGGAGGAGACAAAAGAUCUAACCAAUCAGAUGGAAGAACAAGCACAAACUGACCAAUCUGGUACUGACAUGAAAGAAUCUGGCAGUUUGGAACAGACUGAAUCUAGCCAGUCAGAAACUAUUCCAGGGGACCAUGCAGUCACUGUUGAUGAGGUGAAUCCAGAGGUUAAGUCAGAACUGUAGGAAUAACAUAAACUUGCAUGGUUUCAAAUGGAAAAUGACUUGAGAUAGUUUUCAUCAGUUCUAUGUCCUAAGAUAAUAAUACCCCCAGUCUUUUGAGGCUAUAUUAUUGAUACUCUUGCCAGUCCAUAUUUCCUUUUUGAGGCAUGUCAUUGGAACUAUUUAAUGCAUUUUUAAAUUACUACAUAUAAAUGUUCACCAUCAUAAUAAGACACGAUACAAACAGGAAACAGUUCACAAGGUCAAGGUCACACUUGGUUGUCAAAGAGCUAUGUUUGUGUUUGCUAUAUAUAAAACAGUAUCUCCUAAACUGCCAGGAUUUUCAUAAAUUGUUCACCUCAUAAAAAUGACAUGCAGAGUACAUAACAUAGGCCACUCAGUCCAAGAUGAAGAUUACACAUCAAGAAAGGUCAUUAUUACAAUAUUUUGUCCUUUAUCAAAGCUGUGCCUGGGGGUAUUAGUGAUAAGUUGACAACUAUAGUUAAUAAUAAACAAAAUCUGUUUUUGAAUAAUGUGAAAUCUAUUCAUUAAGAUUUACAUAGCUUAGUAAAAUAUGCAAUAGUAGAAAUUAUAAAAUACCUACAACAGAUACUGCAUGGUGUAACCAUGUGGACAUUGCCUCUAGGGCCGUAAUUUUGUGUUUCACAUUUAGUUUCUUUUCCUUCCUGUAAAUGUACAGGAUUUACUUGGAUAAACUAGUUAAAGUAAGUAGUAGAGAUGGUACCUAAAAAAUUCAAGUUCAUCUUUAUAGGGGUUUUUUCAGAGUGAAAUGAUAGCUAAGUGUACCAAUUUUCUAAAUAUAUUUAUGGUAUUCCUCUUCUCCAUGUCAAAAAUAGAAAUAUUUGCUAUCUAAAAAAUGACUUUCUCAAAAUAUCUGAAGCAAAAUAAACAAUUCUUGUAUUGACCGAUUUUCAAAGAUUUUAGGACUUCCCCAAUUAUAGUCUAUAUCAAAAGCUCCCACAGCUAAAUAAAUUCAAUAGAGUAUAAGGUAAGUUUACUCUACUUUCAACAUUUUGAAAGAGCCUAUACUGAACUUCCUUUUGUCUUUUAAUAAAGUCAAAUUUCAAGACUAGCCAAGAGUCUAAAACGCUUGAAAAAAUUCUGAGUGAAAGAGAAUGACAUGCUCUUUAUUAUAAGCUUACCAAAACCAUACCAAAAAUGUACCUUAAAUAAGUUAUAAAAGAUUUUAUAUUGUAAACAAACCCCUACACCAUUUUACCAUCCCUACUUUCCACUCAUGAAUGCACUCAGUUCAGGUGAUAAUUGUUGAUAUAUUUGUAAAUCAGAGGCCCCAACAAAAACCUUUUUUCAAGUUGUGUAAACAGUAUAAGUUUUAAAUUAAUGUUGGUAUCUGAAAUUAUCCGAUUACUUUGUUUUCAACAAUAGAUAAAAACACCUUUUAGUUUGUUUAGGGUAAUUGACCUGUAACGAAAAUCAUCAAAUAGAGUAAUCUCCAUAUGCUUUUUCAGCAUUUAUUCGUUUUUCAAGGAAAGCAAAUGAUGUGCUAGUUCCCUCCAGAGAAUGUUUAAAUUGAGAAUUGCUUAAAAUACAUUACAUAGAGUCAUUACCUGUCAGCUACCUUAACAUGUAGUAAUUACAACCACUACCUUAAAACAUUGUAAUUGACGACAAUGAAUUUUUGUGUUACCAAUUUAACUUUUUUUGUUAUUUCUCAUUGUUGGAUAUAUACAUUUUACAUUUUGAUAUAUAAAUGUUGUGUAAACCAAUGUAUCACCAUUGAGAACAAUAAAUAAACAACUUUGGCUAAAAGAUUAAAACUUAAUAACGUUUCUUAAUGUCGUUAAUUUUCUUCAAAGGAAUGUAUGCAUUAUUCUAUAUAAUCUUCAUGCAUUACUAAACAUUCUAUCAGGGCCUCACUACAACUUACAAAAUAACUGUCAGUGUAAGUCAUGAGAAAAGCGUGCAUACUGUAUAUUGAAUACAAAGGGAUUUAAACAAAUAUAGGUCAUAUUUUGUCUGCCUGAUAUGUUGUUUGAAAAAGGACCUAUCUGAUUUUUCUUUCACUUUUGAUCAAUGUUUAAUGUUGGCUUCAGUUUAUUGAUCAGUCCAGGGUUGUCCCCCUUUGAUUUAUUUGGGUAGGUACCAUCUCUAUAAGUAGUAUGUAUGAUGUCACAAUACACUUGGACACUUAUGGUAUCUGCUGCACUGGUGUGAUGUUACAGGGUAACAGUGUGUAUUUUGCUUGAAUGGAUUGCAGGGUUCUCACAGGCCUUGAAAAGUCCUUGAAUUCGAUGGUAGUCCUUGAAAACUCCUUGAAAAUGACAAAAACCCUAAAAAACCUGGAAAAGUACUUGAAUUUUGAAAAAAACUGCUUGAAUUUGACCUUUCACUCCUUGAAAACAUUCUGUCCGUAACUUUGCUUUGCAAAAUGAAUAAUGCUUAAAAUAAAUCGGACAAAAUGAAAAUAAAUUCUUGAAAUUCACUCAUUGAUUUCCCCGUAUGCUAUGGUAGUGGUCUACGGCCGCAUUUUAUCUAUAUUUACACAGAGUGCUAUUUCUACUAUAUCGCCGUUUGUAUAUUUCCGUUUCCAUUUAAAUAUUCCGGUGAAUAAUAACUCGCAAUUUUUUGCUGUUUGCGAGUGUUUCCAGUGAAUUUAAAAUGAGUAAAAAAAAUAAACAUGUUAGCUCAAGUAAGUGGGAGACAAAGGGCGAAUAUAAACAGUGGCUGAAGCGCUAUAAAGCAGACUGAACGAAGGGUAUAUGACAUCGUAUGACAAAAUUCUUGACGUAUCAACAGUGGGAGUGCGCUAAAAAGUCACAAGAAAAGCAUUAAACAUCAGCAAAAUAGUGAAUCACAUCAAUCUAACAAUCCAGUUACGUCAUUUUCAAAGGUGUGACAAGUGAUGGUUGUUUUAUUUUUGCAUUACAUGAUGAACACAAUAAAAACUCGUUAAAAGUUGUUCAAAUUAGGUCACGGUUUUGAAAAAAAAUAGUCCUUGAAAAAUUGUAAAUAGUCCUUGAAAAGUACUUGAAUUUUGUCUCUGAUAUUCUGUAUGAACCAUGGAUUGUACUAGGUCUGGAAGACACAAGGUGUGCAAACCUUGAGUGUGUGAUCAGGCUGUUUGAAUCCACAAGAUUACCCUUUCAUUGUAUAUCUCCGCUGUUUUUUUCUGUUUUCAUUUUUGCACGAUCAAGAUUUAUUAUCAAGGCAGGAAUUUUAAUGAAAGUAGUCCAGACCCAGGCAAGAUACAGGAUCCUUUUUCCACCUAGUGCAAUACAGAACUUGUUUUUGGUUUUGUGAAAUGUUGGCUGCAUAUUUUAUAGAAUUUUUAUAUAUAUUUGAUAAAUCUUGUACAUUUUGUGUGAAAUAGAGCAGGUGACACAGUUAUCGACAGGUUAAUCUAAAUAUAAUUACACAAAUUACGUUCUUUGUUUACUUGUUGUAAUAGCUACCCUAUUAUGUAAAGCGUUUUUUGAUUGGUCCUUUCAAAAAGGUAUUUCCCGGUUACUGUGAUAUGACCACUUUAUGACGAUCAAAAAAUCGAUAUCCUUUAUUGACAUAGUUAUUGACAUCUGGAUAUAGUUAUCGACAGCUAUAUAUGAUCAUUUGAUUUUCUGGAAAUCUUAUGCAGUGUUUUAUAAAUAAAUGUAUUGACAUUCAGCUUAUUCACGUAAAACUGUUUACUUAAUAAAAACAUGUGCAGACAACAUGCUAGCUAGCCUCUCUUUCAAAUCACAUGGUUACGACUACAUAAUAUACAAAUUAUAAUUGGCCAAUAACUGUUGAAUUGAUUCAGUUAAUGACACUGAAAUAAAUGUUAUCGGAUUGUCGAGAGUAUUAAACAGAAAUAAUAUCAGUGUAGAGUCUAAAUGGUAUUUUUCCAUAAGUGAAUUAGGUCACACAUCUCGGAUUGGAAAAUUACCAAUCAUGACAUUUUCAUUUCCUUGAAAACUUGCAAAAGAAAACAUAGCUUUCAUUCAUUUAGAUGAAUUUGUCUAUGUUCCGAUUUUCACCAUUAAGUCUGGGUAAUGGAACAGCAUUUUUGCCCCCGUGGGUGUAAAGAAUGAUGGUGGUCUCUGUCGUGUUAGCUCUUCUGGUACCCGGCGUGCCAUUUUAUCAGUAAAGUUGUGCAGGGCACACCAUACAUGUUACAGUUGCUCUGCCUUUGCUUUGGCCAAGGCAUCUUGCAAUAUUUCAAUGACAGCCCUCAUUUUUGAGGGAGAAUGUUUCAACCUCUUUGUUAUGAUAAGAUGACAUCUAAAAUCAUGGAUAAAUGAUUUGUAAGCAUUUAAAUGCUAUAGAUUAACCAUUUUCCUAUACUAAAUUUAAAUAAGAAAAGAGGUUUGACGACUCUAAUAUUCACUUUGUAACAUUUUUAAAUAUUAUAAGGGACUAUAUCGAUAACUGUAGACAUCACUGAAAUUUGGAGAUAGUUAUUGACACCCCCCAGUAUGACACCAGCAAUGGAUGCAUGUAAUAGUUAGUGGUAUGCAACCUACAGAUAUACGUCAUAAGCCAAAUUAACAUAAAUAACCCGCCAAAACUACAGCGAAAAUUUCAAGUAGCAAAAUUUAGGACACCGGUGCUCUUACUGCAUGACAUAUUAAGUGCUUCUAUUUUAGAAACAACAACAAACAGUGCCUGACGAAAUUGUAUCUGUUGGUCAAAAAUAUGGUGCACAGCUUUCAGAAACAACAAAACGAACACAUAGAAUAUAUUUCCGGUACAUUGUGAUAUAGGGUUUUCAUGAGGUUAUUUCACUUAAAAAUCAAUAACUACAGAACUGUCGAUAAUACACCCACCUGCUCUAAGUAGCAGACACAAAGAACACGGCUUAGUUUGCCUCUAUAUCAAAUACAAGGUAUCUUGGAUGAGAUCUGCUGUUUUGAAUACUGCUUUGUACUGUUGUUUUAUGUGACUAUUGUGUUUUCUUUAUAAACAACGUUGCAGCUAAGACCCAAUUGGUAGCACAAUAUUGUGGUGACCCAUUGUUUGUACAUUACCACAUAAAAAUAAAGCAUAGAUUACCGUAGAUAUUUUCAGAACACCCACCUUGGAUGUUGUUGGUGUGUCUCACAAAUUUUCUCCAAAAAUGGAUUCACACUAUCCGUUAUGACAGAUUCACACUGUCAGUUAUGACAGAUUCUUUUUUUUAAGAUAUCUGAUAUUCUUACAAAUUACUGCAAAAAUUUCAGAAGUCUGACAUACUAAGUGGACAUAUGGUACACGACACAUCAUGAAAAAUCAGUCGUUGUGCUAGGUUGCUAGGUGGGUCGUCCAUCAGCGAUCAUUAGGGUAUGUCACCAUGCUAGUUUUAAAGGUAUAGACAGGAUAAAUUAAUUACAUUUAGAAAGUGGAAUUCAAAUUUAAGAGAGACCUCCGUGGCCAAGUGGUUAAGGUCGCUGACUUCAGGUCUUUUGCCCCUCACUAAUGUGUGUUUGAGCCUCUUGGGGCGUUGAAUUCUUCAUGUGAGAAAGCCAUCUAGCUGGCUUACGGAAGGUCGGUGGUUCUACCCAGGUGCCCACUCUUGAUAAAAUAAUGCACAGAGGGGCACCUGGGGGUCUUCCUCCACCAUAAAAGCUGGAAAUUCGCCAUAUGACCUAUAAUUGAUUUUUUGUUUGUGAUGCUCAUAGCUCAAAAAAAAUUAAGAACCAAGAACAGAAGCAAACUCUAAAUUGAAUUUUAUGGUAAAUUAAAUUUACUGACAAAUUCUUAAGUUUUACUUCUUUACACAUGAAUUUACAUCAUUCAUAGAAAUGAUUUUAUUCAUUCUAAAUUCAACACGAAAUAAUUUUUUUAUCUCACCUGUCAGAGCACUAAAGAAGAUAUUAUUAAUCUAUUUAAAGGAAUGUAUAAAAAACAUUGUAUCUGUUGUUAUAUGUUUUUCUAAGGUAAGUUUAUGAUCUGCUUAAUGAUAUAAUGCAUUUUAAAUGUGAGGGUAUUUUAAUGGCUCCUUAUAUGGGGAGAGAGCUUAGUGUUUAGCUCAUGUCAGUUGGUAAAUCCAUUUGAUGUUUCUCAUUAACCAGAGAAUGUUCAGACCUGAAUGGCAUUAAAUCUUCUAAUAUGAUUGCCAUCGGUCAGUAAACCCCAAAAGUCAAUUUUAUGUAGUUAAUACUUUACAUGUUGUUCUUUUACCAUGGAUAACAAAUUCUUGUGUACAAUUCCAAUUAAUCGAAUGGUUAAUCAACAGUUUGUUUAUAAAACGUUGUUGUGCCCCUACUAUUAGUGGUGGGGGCAUAUAAAUUUGGUCUUAACUGUGCGUCCGAAAAAAGACGCACCUAGCUCAAAAAGUAUAUGAUAUAAAUAGAUGAAACCUUGCAUGAGUCUUUAUCAUGAUAUGAACUUGUGCACCUUCUACUUUUCGUUUGGCUCAGCCCCUUAUUUUUAGAGUUAUGGCCCCAGAAAUAGUCAAAAUGCACAUUUUCACCUUGUGACGCGCCUAGCUAAAAGUGUAUUUGAUAUAAAUUGAUGAAACCAUGCAUGAGUCUUUAUCAUGAUAUGAACUUGUGCACUCCUAUUUUUUGUCUGGCUCCGCUGCCUAUUUCCAGAGUUAUGGCCCCUGAAGUAGGUAAAAAAUGCACAUUUUCACCUUGUAAUAUGCCUAGCUCAAAAAGUAUUUGAUAUAAAUUGAUGAAACCUUGCAUAAGUCUUUAUCCCGAUAUGAACUUGGGCAUCUCCUAUUUUUCCUCUGGCUCCACCCUACUAUUUCUAAAGAUAUAGCCCCUGAAUGCAUGAGUCAUUAUCAUGAUGUGACCUUGCACACUUAGCAUUCUUCUUGAGAUUUUAGCGCUAAUUACAGAGUUAUGGCCCUUGAAAUGGCCAAUUUGAAAAUAGUUGAUUUUUUGUUUGUGAUGCUCAUAGCUCAAAAAGUAUAUGGCCUAGAAUAAUGAAUCCUUUAUAUAAAAUGUUUUUUGAGCUAUUCCCUCCUAAGACUGCAAACAUUUGAAUUAUUUCCCCUUAUUUGUGACAAAUGUACCAGUGGGGGCACACCCUGUGUCCUACAGACACAUCUAGUUUUUUUGCACUUGCACAUGUUGACAGUCAAAAGACAAUUGCCUGACUGGUGUAAUGGAUACUUUGAUUAACUUUUACACUUCUCACGAAAAUCAACACUGUGUAUUCAACACUCAUUUUGACAUCAUGCAAAUUGUCAGCAGUUCGAGUAGCAGUAAUUAGCAAGUGUGGAUAAAAAAAAAUUGGGUGACUUGAAUUUUGCUUUGAGGUUAGAUUUACGCAAAGUUUGAAGCUCUAAAGUGACUACUUCAACCAAGUUGCCCCCGCACAGAACCCCUUUAUGUGGUCGUUAGAUUUCUCCUAUUUGAGAGGUCAGUGCCACAAUUUCUUUUCAAGGGAAAUAUUGAAAUAUCACAAAAUUUACUAUAAAAGUUUGUCAAUGGUCAGUAUUUGAAAGUGUCGACUGUAAGACAAAUGUUCUGAAAUUUAUUUUGACUUUGUUUACAUGCUAAAAUUAUAUUACAGGUAUAAGUCAAUGGUAAUAAUAAAAUCAAACUACCUUAUAUCUUACAGAUGUUUUUCUUUGCUUUAAAUUCUUUAUUAUGCAAGAAAAAAGUAAAAUUGAUAAAGUUGUCAAUGAAACACUUUGUCAGAGAAUUGUGUGCCUGGUAAUUUGCAGAAGUAAUGUAUGUGUGACCUACAGCAUGUAGUGCAGGUAGAACACAUCCUUUGGUCAAUAACUGGAUAGCGCUAUGGCGGACAACCUUACUUUGAAGGUCAGAUGUCAAGUUAAAGGUGAACUUAAGACCUAGACUUACACAGGAUACAGUUAUCUCUGACAGGCCAUUAUAAGGGCAUAUCAGGAAAGAGGUUUUAAUACAAGCUUUUAGCUUACUUCUCAAUCCUAUCACAUUAAUAAAUGUUUGAAUGAUACAUAUUUGGAAAAUAAAUAUUGUUUAAACCAAGGGCAUAUGUUUCAAACAAGUUGUUUAACUACCAUUGCUGUAAUGUCUGUUUUUAUUGAAACUUUUAAACAUGCUUGCAUUGAAAAUGUUUGUAAAUACUUACCUAUGCUUUAAUAAAAGUAUUCUUUUAGGA